GAUUUCAUCAGAAGACCAAUUGAUAUAAUAAUAAAGGAGAGCGAACAAAAUCUACGCCCAGACGUCAAGUUUAACAGGAUUUUAUAUAGAGUGAUGCCGCAUUCGAUAACCUUCCAUGGCUACAGUGGUUAGCCAUGCGAUGCGACGAUUUGCUUCUUCACCGGAUGCGAACUUCUCCUCCUGUGGUUUAAGGAGUGAAAAUCCUCGUUGGUCGCAGGAAAACGAGAGUUCUUUGAGCAGAUCCAUGAGGUACGCGGACCCUUGGUUGUACGACAGCGUCAGAGGCAGUCCAAAUGGAUUGCUGCUGGCACCGGCGCUGGUAUUAUGCUCAUGCCCAGAUUACCUGAACGGUACGAAAAGGUCCAGCAAAAAGACCCCAACAACUUGCAAGAAAUGCAAGGCAACCCGGUUACCGUUCCCAAGCGGAGAUUCGAAAUUCGGGACGGUGCGUUGCUUCCCCACAGCCACAUUGGCUCAAACCACUCCAACAAGAGCUGGUACAGUUAGAGUAACAUCUUCCUCGAGACCAUCCAUCCUCCCAGCUGCAGAUCCUUACGAUCUUAUGAGAAGAUCUCGCCUCUCUGUAACCGAGAGUCCUAACCAGUUCAGGGCUCGUUCUGUGUCACCAAGCAAAGCUCGCAGCGACUCCAAGAAGCAGAAACCUAAAUAUUCUACGGUGGGAAGACGUUCUAUACUGGAAUGCAAUGUGAACCCGUACGACCUUAUGUCCACCGGACACGAGGAGAAGGACUCUAGCAUAACUUUAGUGAACGGCCAAAGAAUCCGAGUCCGACCUCCGAUCUGCGAACCCGACUACGAGGAUGUCCAAGUACGAAAAAGCCAGAUCCCAAAACCCAGCAAAAUGAAACCGAAAUCCGCGACGUCGUCGUCUCCGAAGUCGAAUGAAAAGGAGUCUGAAUCCAACCGGUUUAAGUCCAUAUUGAAGAAGCCCACUGCAACUUUCAGUGACACAGAUUCGAGCCACGGACCCGAGCGCAGCCCCUCGCCGGCCCAUAAAACUGGGUCACACUUUUACCUACCUUUACCAACGAGUCCACCCAGGAAAAAGGUACAAUUCUUGGUCGAACCAGCACACUCCAAAACACCCUUAACACCACCGCCUCCACCGUCCUCUCCUCCACCGCCACCACCCAUAAAAAAGGAGAUCAAGCCGGAGAAAGAGAUCUUUUACGAAUACAAAGAAACAGUAGAUCCCAUCGAAGAAUUCUACGAUUACAAUGAGGAAUUAAAGGACGAAGUCUUCUACGAUUGCAACGAUGUUGCAGAUACACCCAAAGUGAAAGAGCAAACAGAGUUGUACGAGGCGAAAAAGGUUGUCGAAGAACAACACAUAAAUCAAGAUGCAGAAGAAGAAGCAUCGUUGCCAAAACCGCAGACCGAUAAAAAUAAAAAUGCUGCAGCGGUGCGUUCGUGCAAACUUCGCAGAUCUGAAAGUGAGAGAUCAGUCAAAGAUCGGUCUCGCAGUAUCAUCUUUUGCGAUUCGAUGGCUUUGAGAGGUAAAGCAAAGAAAACUGAUUCGAGGAUUGUCUUUACCGCUGAAGAUCUGGAGCGUCUGGAUGGCAUCACUAAUGCGAAGCUGAGUAAGAUUAAACCUGCGGAACCACCUCCAGAACCACCGAAGCAAGAGGUUAAGGUUGAGGUUAAAGAAAAAGUUAAGUGUGAGAUCAAAGAAGAAGUUAAAUUUGAGGUCAAGAAAGAUGUUAAGUUUGAUGUCAAUAAGGAUAUUAAUGAGGAGAUGCCUCCUUCAGCUCCGCCGAGGAAGAGGAACAGUAGGAUCAGAGAAGAAAAGUUGGAGGAUGAAGAUAAGGUUCUGAUUAAAACCUAUCAGGAAGCUGAUAAGAUCUUAAUAAAGACGGACUAUCAUCAGAAAGAGAAGAACAGAACUAUUCUGCAGAUCAACGCGUGUGAGCCGAGUGUCCAUAAACUAAAAAUAAAGAAUGAAUUUCCCGAAACCAAUAACAUCAACACCAUCUCAAUAACCGACAAUCAUUUAGGAAAAACAUCUAUUAUGAUCAAUGGGGAUGAUUGUUAUUCCACUAUUAAAGUCUGCGAUGAAAUACCGCUGUAUCAUUCUUCGGUUGUUGUUAAAGAUUCUGGUAUCGUCAUUGAAAAUAAGAAGAGCAGUACGGUGUACAUAACCGGCAAUUUCGUGAAUCCUUUCAUGGAGGAGAAAACUUUGCCGGAGACCAAAGAAACCAUGAACGACGAUAUCUUCAAGUGUUUGAAUGAUCCGGUUGAAGCUGUCAGACUUAAUUUGGUUCCACACGUUUGCGGCAAAGCGCACAUUAAAAACACGCAGCCCAUAUUGGAAACAUUGACUGAAGAAGAGAAAGUAAAGAAGUUCAUUGAAGAGUCUUUCAUAAAAUUGAGGAAUAAUAACAUAUUGGAUCUGGAUGAUAAAGACGUUUGCUCGGAGCACAGUUCUUCGACGCAAUACGAAAUUAUGGACCAUGGAUCUGAAUGUUACACGGACCACAGUAAUAGGAGUUCCAUAACUGAAGAAGAAUUAAAUGCAAGAACCAAGUUUUACGAGUUAUUAGCUGAUUCCGCUAUCGUCGAAGUCUCCGAAAGCGAAGAUCAUCAUUACGAAAGCAUAAAAUUGAACCCGGAUCCAAUUUAUGAAGAGAUUGAAAUCCCGCCACCUUUACCUGCAAAUCCACCGCCGUCCAGUAUAAUGGACGAUUUACAAUUAGACAAGGAAUACACUACAAGAUCCAUUUUUGAAGGUGCUUCAAAAUAUGACAUCUUGAGCUACCUGGUUGACGCGAAGGAACGCGGAAUCAUCCCUGAAGACAGCUAUACUUAUAACUUUGGAAAUUCUGAUGUAGUUAUAGAAGAAGAAAGCAAAGAAACUAAUGAGACUCCUUACAACAGAGUUUCACAUUUGAGUACGGUCAGCGAUUCCAGUGAAGAUAGUUCUUUGGUGAUGCCAUGCUCUUUAACGGAUGAUAAACGAAACGCAGAAAUUGAAAGAAACGAUUCUGGAGUUGGCUCCGAAACUAGCAAGAGUUCUUUGAGCAAAUACAGAAGUAAGCCGGACAUAAUUAAUAUCUGCUGCGAGGAUUGCGAGGCUAAUCUUGAACCGAACACCGAGCACGAACCUUUGGUUUGCAGAAAGUGCAUCAAAAAGAGGACCGAACGCAAGGAAAUCAUUACAGAGAUUGUAGAAACUGAGGAGAAGUACAGCAGAGAUCUUCAAAUUAUUUUGGAAGAGUUUUAUCAGCCUAUGCUUGUGGCCGGUCUACUGACAAGCGAUCAGUUAUCUGCAAUUUUCUUAAACGCCGAAGAGCUGUUGGAAAAUUCGCAAGCUUUAGCUGAGCGUUUGAGGGACGCCGUUGAAAUUGCCGCAGAGCAAGGAGACGAGGAUUUGCAGACUGUAAAUAUUGGAAAACUGUUUUUGGAAGCCGCUCCAAUGCUGCACGGAUUUGAGACUUACUGUGUUCGCCAAGGACCAGCCAGUUUAUUGUUAGCAAGUCUCGAGAAGGAAAAGGAGCUGUUGAGAAUCUUUCUGAGAGUAUCGCAAAUGGAGAACACGGUAUUGAGAAGGAUGAAUUUGAACUCGUUCUUGAUGGUCCCAGUGCAGAGAGUUACAAAAUAUCCGUUACUUUUGGCGAGGCUGUAUAAGGUUACUCCGACACACCAUGAAACCAGAGAGCAGUUGAAGGAAGCCCAACACAAGAUCGAGUUGCAUUUAAGCCACAUGAAUUCAGAGACGAAGGAUGUUCCUAGCAAGCUGUGGCGCAGGAUUAGCAGCAUUCCUGGAAGGAGGUCGAGUUCCGAGAUGGACUUGGUUAACAUAAAAUUGAGAAAGAUCGCCGUCGACGUGCUCGAGUGGAACCACGACGAGGCCAAGUUCGCAUUGGAAGGCCGACUGCUCUUCACCCAACCGACUGAUAACAACUGGAGGAAAGGAAGAACUAUAAAACUGACACCUGUAAACGCGUUGCUCGUAACGAACGGAAAGUCGACAUCAACACGGAACGAUCCAACAGACGACAGUUUGGUGUUUUCCAGGCAGGCUGGAAUCAGAGAUGCAGCCUUGUUGUUAGUUAGGGACAAGAACGGUCGUUACACCUUACUUCGAGAACCUUUAUAUCUGGAUAGAUGUGUUAUAGCAGCUGAUCCCGCCUGGCAAAGUUACUUCGAAGUACAAGAACUCUUGGGCAAAGACACGUUUAUAUUUAAGGCUGAAGAUGAAGAGCAGACCAAAGUGUGGUACAAGCAGUUGCAGUAUUACGCCCAAGGUAUGGGAGCCUGGAGGAAGAGAAGAAACGCCUUAGCCAACAUCAUGAUCAACGGAAUGGGACUGCGUUCAUAGUACUCGAAAUACGAAGAAAACGAAUAAAAAUACGAAAACUUAAAUU